GCCCCGCCGCUGCUGAGCCGGCCCCGGCCGCAACCGCCGCCGUCCCCCAACCGCCGCACCGCCAGGUUGCGAACGUGUGGGAACUGCUGAGUGGAAGCGGCCAUGUCGCAGACAACUCACUCACCCACCUUCCUGGUGAACUUCCAACUGCUGAGCAUUGUGGUGGUGCUGCUCUUUCAUGCAGACAGCAUACACGCAGAAAGUCCCAGUGAAGUGCCUGCAAACAAAUCUGAGGUGUGCACAGGCUCAUACAUCUGCAAAAAGGGUGUGAUCUUACCAAUAUGGGAACCCCAAGAUCCCUCAUUUGGUGACAAAAUAGCUCGAGCAACAGUGUAUUUUGUAGCAAUGGUGUACAUGUUCCUGGGAGUAUCCAUCAUAGCUGACCGCUUCAUGUCCUCCAUUGAAGUCAUCACAUCCCAAGAACGGGAAAUAACCAUCAAGAAGCCCAAUGGCGAGACCAGCAAAACCACAGUGAGGAUCUGGAAUGAGACUGUUUCCAACCUCACACUGAUGGCCUUGGGCUCAUCCGCUCCUGAGAUCCUUCUGUCUGUCAUUGAAGUGUGUGGCCAUGGCUUCACAGCGGGGGACUUGGGGCCAAGCACAAUUGUGGGGAGUGCUGCAUUUAAUAUGUUUGUCAUCAUUGCAAUCUGUGUUUAUGUUGUUCCUGAUGGAGAAAUAAGGAAGAUCAAGCACUUGCGAGUGUUUUUUGUUACAGCAGCCUGGAGCAUCUUUGCCUACACUUGGCUUUACAUUAUUUUAUCGGUGUCUUCUCCUGGGAUUGUGGAGGUUUGGGAAGGCUUGCUCACCUUCUUCUUCUUCCCAAUCUGUGUAGUGUUUGCCUGGAUAGCUGACAGGAGGCUUUUAUUUUACAAGUACGUCUACAAGAAAUACCGAGCUGGCAAACAGAGAGGCAUGAUCAUUGAGCAUGAGGGUGACCGACCCUCCUCCAAAGCUGAUAUUGAGAUGGACGGAAAGGUUGCUAAUUCUCAUGUGGAGAACUUUUUAGAUGGGACACUGGUGUUGGAGGUAGAUGAAAAAGACCAGGAUGAUGAGGAAGCCAGGAGGGAAAUGGCUCGGAUCCUGAAGGAACUGAAACAAAAGCACCCUGACAAGGAAAUUGAGCAGCUUAUAGAGUUGGCCAACUACCAGGUCCUAAGUCAGCAGCAGAAGAGCAGGGCUUUCUAUCGCAUCCAGGCCACUCGACUUAUGACAGGAGCUGGCAACAUCCUGAAGAGACAUGCUGCAGACCAGGCCCGCAAAGCUGUCAGCAUGCAUGAGGUCAACAGUGAGGUGGCAGAAAAUGAUCCCAUCAGCAAGUUAUACUUUGAACAGGGUACCUACCAGUGUCUGGAGAACUGUGGUACCGUUGCCUUGACCAUCAUUCGACGGGGUGGCGAUUUGACCAACACAGUCUAUGUUGACUUCCGGACAGAGGAUGGGACGGCCAACGCGGGCUCUGACUAUGAAUUCACUGAAGGGACAGUGGUCUUCAAGCCUGGAGAGACCCAGAAGGAAAUCCGUGUUGGCAUAAUCGAUGAUGACAUAUUUGAGGAGGAUGAGAAUUUUCUGGUCCAUCUCAGCAACGUUCGCGUGAGCACUGAGGCAGAUGAGGGUAUUCUUGAGGCCAGUCGUGUCUCCACGCUUGCCUGCCUGGGCUCACCGUCUACUGCCACUGUCACCAUCUUUGACGAUGACCAUGCUGGCAUAUUCACCUUUGAGGAACCAGUAACACAUGUCAGUGAGAGUGUGGGGACCAUGGAGGUGAAAGUGUUGCGAACCUCCGGUGCACGAGGAAAUGUUAUUGUGCCCUAUAAAACCAUCGAAGGCUCAGCCAAAGGUGGAGGAGAAGACUUUGAAGACACCUGUGGGGAGCUGGAGUUCCAGAACGAUGAGAUAGUGAAAUUCAUUACCCUUAGAAUACUUGACCGUGAGGAGUAUGAGAAAGAGUGCAGUUUCUUCCUUGUGCUUGGGGACCCGGUGUGGCUACGACGAGGAGUGAAAGGUGGCUUCACCAUCACAGGCAAACCUGUCUUCAGGAAGGUACAGGCUAGAGAGCGUCCUCUUCCUUGCACCGUGGUCACCAUCCGAGAGGAGAACGAAGAGAAGCAGCCACUGACCAGCAAGGAGGAGGAAGAGCGUCGAAUCGCAGAGAUGGGGCGCCCCGUCCUGGGGGAGCACACCAAGCUUGAAGUCAUCAUUGAGGAAUCCUAUGAGUUCAAGAACACGGUGGACAAGCUCAUUAAGAAGACAAACCUGGCCUUGGUGGUUGGCACAAACAGCUGGAGAGAGCAGUUUAUUGAGGCUAUUACUGUCAGCGCAGGGGAAGACGACGAUGACGAUGAAUGUGGGGAGGAGAAGCUGCCCUCCUGCUUUGACUACGUGAUGCACUUUCUGACCGUCUUCUGGAAGGUCCUGUUUGCUUUUGUACCUCCGACAGACUACUGGAACGGCUGGGCCUGCUUCGUUGUCUCCAUCCUCAUGAUUGGCAUCCUGACAGCAUUCAUUGGUGACCUGGCGUCCCACUUCGGCUGCACCAUUGGCUUGAAGGACUCCGUCACUGCAGUUGUGUUUGUGGCACUGGGGACAUCAGUGCCAGACACGUUUGCCAGUAAAGUAGCAGCAACGCAGGACCAGUAUGCGGACGCCUCCAUCGGGAACGUCACCGGGAGCAAUGCUGUGAACGUUUUCUUGGGCAUCGGAGUGGCCUGGUCCAUCGCAGCCAUCUACCACGCAGCACAUGGACAAUCCUUUGAAGUCUCACCCGGCACUCUGGCCUUCUCCGUCACUCUCUUCACUAUUUUUGCUUUUAUCAGCGUGGGCGUGCUGCUCUACCGGAGGAGACCCGAAAUUGGAGGUGAGCUAGGUGGGCCGCGGACUUCCAAGCUGCUCACAUCCUCACUCUUUAUCCUCCUCUGGCUCUUGUACAUAUUCUUCUCAUCUCUGGAAGCCUACUGCCACAUAAAAGGCUUCUAAAGGAACAAUCAGAGAUAGUAAAUAUAUGUAUAUCUAUAUGUAUCUAUAUAGAGUGAUAUAUAGGUAUAGAUAUAGAUAUAACGCUGUGUAUAAUGAACAGAGAAAGAAUAAAAGAGAUUUGCCAUGUUCACACACCUGCUGAUGGGAAGCAGCUUUGGAGCGUCCUAUGAACUAGGCAGGACCCCAAAGUCAGCUGGACCCCUCCUCAGGGGUUCCUUCUUUGCAACUCUACCAGUGAGAGCAGCCGGCAGCCCCUGAGCCCUUUCCCAUUGCUCCCACUGACUCCGGGACGAUGGAUGCGAAGGCAACUGGGCGACUUGGCACAGGGAAGGCCAAAUGGCUGGCUAGAAGUGGAGACAGUGGGCAAGGAAAGGAGAGCAAGGGUCCCGACCUCCGACCAUCCUCCGUCUGCCUUCACCACUUGGGAACAUCUCCUCCGGCCCUAUUGGAAAGAAGCGAGAGACCAGACUGAAGACAAGGGGAAAUUGGGAGCCUCCUAAGGAUAGAACACAACCAUUUUCAUCAUUUGAUUUUUUUUUUUUUUCAUUUUGACAUGUGUACAAUUAGCAUUCCUCCCUUUCUCCCUGCUCCAUUUUCCCCUUUCUCCAUGUUCUCUGUGCUUUGGGGACGCAGCCACAUGUCUGGUGUCCUGAGCUGAGGUCCCACCUCGUCCCCCCCUGGGCAUGCUGUCAUGGUACUAGUAACAUUUGCAUGAACAAAACGACCCCUACCUGUAUAUAACAUCCUGUAGUGAUAGUCCUUCCAGCUGUGUGGGUUGAGCAUUGCUGAUACAAGUGUUUUCUUUUCACCUGGUUUUAUUUAUUAUAGUUAGUUCAGUUUCUCCCAUAGGUUUGGGGUUUUUGUUGUUGUUGUUCUUUGGUUGUUUGUUUCCUCUUCACAGGGAGUGACAGGAGGGAAAGCUUUCCCCACUCCCUGCUCCGUGCAUGUGUCCCCAAGAAGCAAUAACAGCCACACGGACAUAGGUUUUCUGUGUCCUUGGAGGCCAACUGGCAGCCCUCAUUUCAGGACCUGACCUUGGGGCUGCUCCUUCCCCGCAGCCAUUUGGAAUAAUUCAGCACAAGGGCUGUAAGGAGUUCUGCUUGUGUGCCACAUCGGGGCGCAGCCCUGGCACAGAGGUGAGGGGCUGGUGAGCAGGGUGACAGGGAGGAGGCAGAGCAAGGGAUGUGUCUGGCACGUGUCCCUUCUGAAACCAAUGGAAGGGGCACAACAGGGCCACUUCAGGAUGCCCGCAGUGUGUGGGGGAUGUCCCCUACCUGCACUUCCCACCAGCCAUACCAGUGGCCCAGACGGGCAAUCCCCAGCAUGCGCAUCCACCGGUGAGCUCCUCCAACCUGGCUGGAACGCACCUCUGCACCAUCAUCCUUGGGCUGGGGUAUUUGUAUCCAUUGUGAACAAUCUGCAGGAACUUCAAUGAACCUGUUGUAAGAGUUUCUCCAGGAGUCUGAAGUUUUUUUUUUCCUUGUCAAUCCUCUUCUCACUUUUGAAGGGUUAUGUGGUUUUCCUUUUGUUUGUUUUUUUUUGUUUUUGUUUUAAGGGAAGAAUUGAACACAGAUGCAGGUUGUUCAGGUGUGUGAUUACCUUUAUGUACAAUGACUUCAUUUUCAUUUGUUUGCCUUCGUUGGUUUUUCAUUGUGUGUAUUGCCCACCACUAUAGGCAGUGAUCCACUAAUUGUGAUGAUCCUUAUCAAUGGUACACAAUGCACAGACAAAUAAAGUUUGCAAUGAUUCCUCAUGGA